GUUGGCUUCGCUGCGCGCUGCGUGUGGCAGUGCGAGUGGCCCCCCCCUCCCGCCUCCCUGUUCUCUCCGCUGACGCUUGGAAUCGGCGUGAGACGUUAGCAACUCCUUCGCACCCGAGUAGGCCAUGGCUACCAAGAUACGUCCAGAAACCAAGAAAACCUCGGAGGUCGUGUGCCUCGGGAGCAGAAGUCUCCUGGAACUGGAGCCCGAGGCCAAGAAGCUCCGCGUGAAGGGCCCGGGUUGUAGCAGGAGAUGUGAGUCAGACUGCCUUUGGGAAGGUUUGGCUAGCCUGCAAGUCCCACCAUCGUGCAGCAGCCUGCAGGUCCCACCAUCGUGCAGCAGCAUUGUCAGGGAUCUCUACCAGCAUAGGUUGGAUGAAGCUGCCUGGCCAUCACUACAACAGGGUCUUCAGAAAUCCUUUUUGCAUUCUCUUGCUUCUUACCGGAUAUUCCAAAAAGCUGCCCCCUUUGACAGGAGGGUUACAUCCUUGGCAUGGCACCCGACUCAUCCCAGCACCCUGGCUGUAGGCUCCAAAGGAGGAGAUAUCAUGCUCUGGAACUUUGGCAUAAAGGACAAACCCACCUUUAUUAAAGGGAUUGGAGCUGGAGGGAGCAUCACAGGGCUGAAGUUUAACCUUCUCAAUACCAACCAGUUCUUUGCCUCUUCAAUAGAGGGAACAACUAAGCUUCAAGACUUUGAAGGCAACACUCUACGAGUUUUUACCUGCUCAGACACCUGCAACAUCUGGUUUUGCAGCCUGGAUGUGUCUACCAAAAGCCGAAUAGUAGUCACAGGAGACAAUAUGGGAAAUGUGAUCCUGCUGAACAUAGAUGGCAAGGAGCUUUGGAAUCUCAGAAUGCACAAAAAGAAAGUGACCCAUGUGGCUCUGAAUCCCUGUUGUGAUUGGUUACUGGCUACAGCCUCCGUAGAUCAAACAGUGAAAAUCUGGGACCUGCGCCAGGUUAAAGGGAAAAACAGCUUCCUCUACUCCCUGCUGCACAAACAUCCUAUCAACUCAGCUUAUUUCAGCUCUGAUGGAUCCCGCCUCCUGACAACUGACCAGAAGAAUGAGGUCCGGGUUUACUCUGCCUCUCAGUGGGACUGCCCAGUUAGCCUGAUCCCUCACCCUCACCGUCACUUCCAGCACCUCACACCCAUCAAGGCAACCUGGCAUCCUCGAUAUAACCUCAUUGUUGUAGGCCGAUACCCAGAUCCUAAUUUCAAAAGUUGUGCCCCAUAUGAACUGAGGACAAUCGAUAUAUUUGAUGGAAACUCAGGGAAGAUGAUGUGUCAGCUCUAUGACCCACAGUCUUCUGGUAUCAUUUCGCUCAAUGAGUUCAACCCCUUGGGGGACACACUAGCCUCUGCCAUGGGUUACCACAUUCUCAUCUGGAAUCAGAAGGAAGUGGGGCCAUGGAAAGAAAGAGAGAGACACUGAAGAAAGUUGAGCCAUAACUUGGAGUACAAAAUGGAAACAAGUUCUUCAGAAGAGGCAGCUGUUAAUGGGCCAAAAGUGCCACUGUCUUGGGGUUGGAGCAGGGACACUGGCUUAUCAAUGUCCUUAGCUCUGGAAACUUCAGGCAACCCAGCUUCUCUAAAGAUCCCUGCUAUCUAGCCUGGAGCCAAAGUAGUUUUCUCCUGUUCAAUUUUUCCUUGUGUUGCUGGGGAUGGAACUCAGGACCUUGUGCCCUGCUGAGCUAUAUUCCCAGCUACCUUUUUCCCCUUCUGAUGUGUGGUGACAGAAUGAUGAGGGAGUGUUUUUUUUAUUUGUGAUUACUAUAGACACAGUCAAUAAAAACAUAUUUAACUGAG